AUCAAAGGGUCUUCGUUUGAGUUAAAGGAUUGGGGCCUUCUCUGUCUGUCCCUCUGCAUUUGAUUACACCUCGAACCCCUCUCUCUGCUGUCCACAUGCAUUUUUAUUAGCUCUCUCUCUCUCUCUCUCUCUCUCUAUCUACUGCUACAUCAAUUUUUUUUUAGCUCUCUCUCUCUCUCUACUGGCUACAUGCAUUUUUGUUAGAUCUCUCUCUUCAUUCGAGUUGAGCUCGAAAGGCUGCGAGGUCCUCUCUCUAUCUACUUAUUGUUUAUAUAUGCAUUUUGUUCUCUCACUCUACUGUAGAAAAUAUUUAACAGAAUUACCGGGCGUAGGAGCUUGAAGGAGGACAGGUUACUUGGCAAAAGGAGCCCUCCCUGGUUCCAGAUCAUCUCCUUGCACGCUCAUAUCACUCUACACAAAAAAGCAGAAGAAAAAGCGAAACAUCUUUAAGAGGAAACCCCCUUCAACCUUUUCAUUUCCAUCCUUUACACCCCCUCAACAGGUAGCUACUCUGUUUUCAAGAAUGUCUGGAUAUGUGGGUAUUCUUGUUUCAGACCCAUGGCUCCAAAACCAGUUCACCCAAGUGGAGCUUCGGAGUUUGAAGUCCCAUUUCCUUUCUAUACGAAGGGAAUGCGGAAGGGUGAGCAUCUCAGACUUGCCAUCGAGAAUGUCGAAAUUGAAAGGGAUUGGAGAGUCUUUGAAUGUGGAAGAAAGUCUGGAGUUUCUGCUUAAGUCGUAUCCUGAUGCAGAAGACGAAGUGGAUUUUGAAAUAUUUCUUCGGGUGUACUUAAAACUGCAAGCCCAUGCGAACACCAAGAUGGGGGGUGCGACCGAUUCCUCUGCAUUUCUGAAGGCUGCUACCACAACUCUUCUGCACACCAUCAGUGAAUCCGAGAAGGCAUCAUAUGUAGCCCACAUCAACAACUACCUCAGAGAAGAUCUUUUCCUGAAUAAAUACCUUCCAAUAGACCCAUCGACAAAUGAUCUUUUUGAGAUUGCUAAAGAUGGGGUUCUUCUAUGCAAAUUAAUCAAUGUGGCUGCUCCUGGGACAAUUGAUGAACGUGCAAUCAACACCAAAAGAAUGCUUAAUCCAUGGGAAAGAAAUGAAAACCAUACGCUUUGCCUCAAUUCUGCCAAGGCUAUUGGAUGCACAGUAGUGAAUAUCGGAACACAAGACCUUGCUGAAGGGAGGCCUCAUCUUGUGCUUGGGUUGAUCUCUCAAAUUAUCAAGAUACAACUAUUGGCAGACCUCAACUUGAGAAAAACACCUCAGCUUGUGGAGUUGGUUGAUGAUAGUAAGGAUGUGGAAGAACUAAUGAAUCUACCGCCAGAGAAAAUUUUAUUAAGGUGGAUGAACUUUCAUCUGAAGAAAGCAGGCUACAAAAAACCUGUAACAAACUUCUCUUCAGAUGUAAAGGAUGGAGAGGCCUUUGCUUUCCUACUAAACAUAUUGGCACCUGAACAUACUAAUCCAUCCAUCUUCAACACCAAGGAUCCUUUUGAACGAGCAAAGCUAGUCCUUGAACAUGCAGAGAGGAUGAACUGCAAAAGAUAUCUCACCCCAAAAGAUAUUGUUGAAGGUUCACCAAAUCUUAAUCUUGCUUUUGUGGCACAUAUUUUCCAACACAGGAAUGGAUUGUCAUCCGACACCAAACAAAUCUCUUUGGCUGAAACUAUGUCGGAUGAUGUACAAGUCUCCAGGGAAGAAAGUGCAUUUAGAUUGUGGAUUAAUAGUCUUGGAAAUUCUGCGCAUGUUGACAAUGUUUUUGAAGAUGUUAGAAAUGGAUGGGUCCUAUUAGAAGUUUUGGACAGGAUAUCACCUGGGAUAGUCAAUUGGAAGCAAGCAACAAGGCCUCCUAUUAAGAUGCCAUUUAGGAAAGUAGAAAACUGUAACCAAGUUGUAAAGAUCGGGAAGCAAUUGAAGUUUUCUUUGGUGAAUGUGGCCGGGAAUGACAUUGUGCAAGGAAAUAAAAAACUGAUACUUGCUUAUCUAUGGCAAUUGAUGCGGUACAACAUGCUGCAGCUCCUCAGAAACUUGAGAUUUCAUUCACACGGUAAGGAGAUCACGGAUGCGGAUAUUCUAAAUUGGGCUAAUGCUAAGGUGAGAAGUACUGGAAGACAUUCUUGCAUGGAUAGUUUCAAGGAUAAGAGUCUUGGGAAUGGCAUAUUUUUCCUCGAGUUGUUGAGUGCUGUGGAGCCCAGGGUAGUGAACUGGCGCCUUGUCACAAAAGGGGAAAGUGAUGAAGAGAAAAAGAUGAAUGCCACCUAUUUGAUCAGCGUUGCAAGGAAGAUAGGAUGUUCAAUUUUCUUAUUACCGGAAGACAUUAUGGAGGUCAACCAAAAAAUGAUACUUACACUGACAGCAAGCAUCAUGUAUUGGAGCCUCAAACAACCCACUGAAGAAACUUUGUCUGGUGCCUCAGAUAGUGAAAAUGGAAGCAUGAUUGAAUCAUUCUCAAACUCUACAUUGGAUGAUAGUGCAUCUGAGGCCUCUUCAGAGGAAAAUGCAAACAGAUAGCCAUGUGAAUUUUCUUUCUAUUUUUUUCUUGUUUAAAUUAUAAAUUUCUUUGUUUGUUCAUAAGAUCCACUUUUCUUUGAUAUUUACAUUUAUUUUCCUGGAUUUAUUUUAUAGAAUUGCACCUCUAUUCAAUUCCCCAACUUUAUGUAGUGGGUUUAUGGGGUCGGUGGUUCAUUCUGUAUUUUUGUUUAGUAAAUUUGCAGGGCAUUCUAAGUUCUUGUAAUCAGUUUUGUUAGAUGAAGUUGGAAUGUAUAGUUGUGUCCAUGUUUGAUCUUUA